AAAAGAGAGAUAUUCGGCCGAGUUCUUCAGUGCAGAACAGGCCAUGGAUACAUAGGCGAGUACUACUCACAAUUUGUGCCAAGUAAGGAUGUUGACUGCCCUUGUGGAGAGACAUUUCAGACACAGGAGCAUAUCUUGCAUGAAUGCCCCCUCUAUGCCAUACAUGUCCAUUACUCUACUCCACAU